UCGCGUAACAGGUCUCAAUAGAUAAUCAAAGAAAAAUAGCGAAUGGAAUAAUUGUAAUAACUCACUCCAACGUUCUAUGACAGUUGUCUUCGCCUUCUCCGACGUCUCAACGUUUUUCGCAGUCUCCGCAACUGCAGUACCAAAAGACCGCAAUUUAUUUCGCACUGAGAGACUAGUGCGUAACACUGACAUCAUGAAAAUCAAUUGAAAAUGAUUUUCUUGCGAUAUUAUGCUAGGUUAUUACUCGCCUUUCAAACACAUCGCAAUUGAUUGGCUCAUUUUGGAGCAGAAUAGUCUCUGAGAUGUCGCCAUUGUUCCCACACAGCUGUUUUCCCUUCCGUGUGAUGAGCCACGGACGAAUCACUGACAUGAACGUUGAACGUCAGCGUGUUCACCGCCUUCUUUGUUGAGACACUUAACUCCAACAAUCCACAACAAUCGGAGUGAAGCGAAUAUUAUUAUUUUAUAUUCCUUUUUUCGUUGGAGGAGGCAUUAUCCCUUCGUUCAAAGGACUUUUGUCGAUUUACAGAGGCAGUGGAAGCGCUUCAAAUGAUACUGAAUCCGGGUGCACAACAAAUCAACUGCCGCCAGUGACGAGGUGGAUUCGUACAUAAUGUCGAGGGAGAUCUCCAGCGGGUUGAAGUAGCAGUGGAAAUUGCCACGAGCGAGUCGUGCGGGUUUUGGAUACAUUUUUGAGAAUUUUUUGGAUAGGUUUUUGUGUUGAGGAGAAUUUUUCGUACGUGGGAGGAGAUAUGGAAGGCCAGCAGGUCAGAGCAGUAUAUGACUUCUCUGGAGAGGCAGGAACCGCUGAACUAUCGAUAACAGCCGGUGAAAUUCUCACAGUAACCCGGGAGAAUGUGGGCGACGGCUGGUGCGAGGGAUACAAUCAGCACAAGAAAUCGGGCCUCUUCCCAGCGGCAUACGUCGAAGCCGUGGAGGCCCCAGCCCCUGCAGCUAUGACCCAGAGCUCAGGGGACUACUGGGACGACGACUGGGACGAUGACUCCGAGGUCGGACAGACCCAGGCCUACGUACCUCCCGCAAAUAUCGAACAGAAUCUAAUAUUCGGGCAAUCGAGUCUCGACCAUGCCUCCAUGCAGCACGUCCACUCGGUCAUCUCGGAGAGAACAAUUCCAAAUGUACCAAAGAAAAAUAACAAAUUCUCAACGCUUAUAAAAUCUGGAGAGGAUAGCUUUCUUCUCGGGAAUAAGACAGUUCCGGUUCCGGAGAGUGAGAAGAUUUUUAUCGAGGAAACCGAGGAUGGACGGUGUAUAUGGCUGCCAACGGGGGAGCGUUAUAGUUGUGUCAUAACGUCACCGAAAAAGGAGUCGAAACUCAAGGGUCUCAAGAGCUUUAUAGUCUAUCAACUUACGCCCACGUUCAAUAACAUCCAAGUCUCCCGAAGAUACAAACGCUUCGACUGGUUGCACGAGAGACUAGAAGAGAAAUUCUGUUUCAUAUCAAUUCCCCCCCUUCCGGACAAACAAAUAUCAGGAAGAUACGAGGAACAGUUCAUUGAACACCGACGAACGCAGCUCCAGGAAUUCGUGGAUUACGUCUGCAGACACCCAGUCCUCUCCCGCAGUCGUGUCUGGGAGCAUUUUAUAACGUGUACAGACGAAAAACGCUGGAAGGCGGGGAAACGAGCAGCUGAGAAGGAUGAACUCCUGGGGGUGAACUACUUCAACGCGAUCCAGUGCUCCGACGCCUCACUAGAUGCCAUCAAAGUUGAAAUUCAAACAGACGCUUUUUCGAGAUUUAUCAAUGGGUUGGACCCUGUCGUCAAGAACUUCAUGGCUAUGGCUAUGGACCAGGCGAAGAAACAUCAGGGACUGUACAAAAGGGAAUUUCAGAAAAUUGGACAAUCUUUUGUUUCGCUGGGGCACGCUCUGGAGGGAGACAUGGGGAGACUCACGCAAGCUUUGAAAUUGACUGGAGAAGCUUAUAAUGAUAUUGGAAAAUUGUAUGAAGACCAACCCAAGUUUGACUGGGAACCUCUUGCCGAUAAAUUUCACAUAUACAGAGGAAUUAUUGGGGGAUUCGCUGAUGUUAUAGGUAUCCACAAGAGCGCAGUGCAAAAAAGAAAAGACUGCGAACGUCUAGUAACCGAGCAUAAAAUGGAAUCAAAUCAACUGAGAGAGCUUUCUCGAAAAACAGACGUUAUAGCCCGAGCUCUAAUGGCUGAAGAAGCAUAUUUCCAAACAGAACGAGAGGUGCAUAUCCAACAAGCCAUGAAGAACCAUCUCACUGAGCAAAUUCGUUUCUACCAAAAUAUCGUGGCCAAGCUACAAGACGCACUAGCAGCUUACGAUGCAUGAGUUGAUAUUUGAUGCAGGAAACAUCAUUGUUAUUUCUUCUCGUUAUUACUCCACUUUACACUGCAUUUCAAUGAGUAUUAUGGUACGUUUUCAUACCAUCGCGAGAGAAUGACAGGCUAAUUCUCUUGAAAAAUUGAUGAGUGUUAAUAAUUAUUGAUUUCUAAAUUUCUUUAACACUGGAAUUGUAUAUAUCCAAAUAAUAAUGUAAUAACAAUCAUGAUUCUCAUUAAAAUAAAUAAAUAAAUGUCACACAUUU